GUGGAACUUUCCACAACAAUCUCAAUGCCUACUGUAAAUGCACUAGAAAUCCUGCGAGGCUUAGAAACAGAGCACAUCGGGUGUGUUGCCGCACUGCCUUGGAAUCCGGAUCUUGCCUUAUGUAAUUGCCUUUUUGGAUUUCCUUCUUACCGCAUCGCAGCAAUGCGGCAGCCCACCAGCGUCUCUUACAUACCUUGGCUAUCUCAGAGAUACGAUGUCACAUCAUACCAGGUGAGAUUACAAGGCUGCUGUGAUAGUUGAGCUCCUUGCGUUUACGUUUUAAACUUUAGUGAUUUCAGUCACCCUCCUCCGGCGUACCAGCAUCAUGCUUCAAUGCCACAAGCAUCCCAUCACGACCAUGCUCGCUGCACUCCACAAGGGCACACACAUGAUCAUGAUUGUCACAGGCAGCAUGUAAAUUGCCAGUCCCAGAUGCACAUUGUAGUACCAAUGAUCCCCGAUUCUAGGACCGUAAUUCAUUCAAGGUACGAUGAAGUCGACCCCCUCCUUCCAACAGGAAGACGGAACAAUGACCCAGGAUGUUGCUUCUUUACAAUUCUCGGAGCCGUGAUCAUUUUUGGGGUGUUUGCCAUCGCUUUCUUCUCAUUUGCUCCCCUCAAUGAGUUUGCUUGGACCAAUAUCGAAUCUCAUUCCUGCACCACUUAUGCAACAAAGGAGUACGUAGCAGAGCUCAACGCGUCUCGUUGGAGCCGUCAUAGGAUGGAAAUCUGCAUAGCUACUCCGAUGUUUGUUCAUGGCCGGCCUCACUGGCCUUCCAGAUGCGAAGAUCGUUCAGGCACGGUGAUUGGUCAUUUUGCCAUCAGUCAUGACGAACCCGACUGCGUCACCUACUGGAGUGGAUAUAAGGACAUGGGCUGUUCCGCUAGAGGCUCGAAGAAGAGACACAUUGAGCAACGUCUCGAGAACUUGCCGUUCCUAGCAGACUAUAAGGAGUUUUGUGCGACAACCCCUACCCGUUUCCUAGACCGGGAAUUCACUGGCGCAGACUCGUGCGUGAAUACUAUUUGGGGUGUCUACGGGCAAUGGUUCAUCGACGACCAUGGUUGUUGAAGCAAGCGUCGAGUAUCGUUUCUCGUACCCAACAACUUUAUCUCUAUUUCUUAUCUCGACAUUCAUGUACUAAUUAACUGAUCCAAACUAUGCUUUAAGUACUUUUUAUCGUGGCUUGUUGUACAUAUUGGAACGGAUCGUUUUAAAUGUAACGUCAGGAAGUGUACCAGCUAGGAGUCCUUUUUGUCGUUUGCACGCUGAAACUUCGCCAAGUCGAUUCUUCAAGGACUUCAAAUAU